CAGGGGAAGAGGAUGCACGGGCGGCGACGCCGUCUCGAUCCGCACCCGCGAUUUGCCCCCCUCCUCUCCUCCGCCUCCCGCCCGUUCGCCUCGCGGGAAAUCACGCGCCGCGACGCCCGAAUCGCCUCGAUCCGGCCGCGGAAUCGGCACGCGGCAGCCUCCCCGACCCACUCGCUCGAGUCGUCGGCUCAGUUUCAGGAUUUCACUUUUGACCUCAUUGCAGAUAAUAGACUCGAUAUGGAUUUGGAUUGCACAGGCUCCUGAAAGUUUGAUCUCGUUGAUUUGGAUUGAAGUGUCAGCUUUCGGUCAGUAUUGUUGCCUUCGUUUCUGUUAGAUGCCUGCUAGUCGAAGGAAGGUUAUGCUGGAUGACGCUGAAGGACUUUGAAAGCAUAGGGGUCCGAGGAAGUUUUGUUCGCCACCAUGAGGGUCAAUAUUGGGCAUCUAGUGGCCGUGAUGGCGCAAUACUCUGCGCCCACAUGGGCUACUUUAGUUGCUGGGCUCUUCAUGCUGCUUGCACUUUCGCUCUCCACGUACCUGAUAUUUGAGCAUCUCUCGGCCUACAACAAUCCAGAGGAACAGAAAUUUGUACUGGGUGUUAUCCUCAUGGUCCCUUGCUACGCAAUUGAGUCAUAUAUUUCUUUGAUAAAUCCAAAUACUAGUGUUUACUGUGGUAUCCUGCGCGAUGGUUAUGAAGCAUUUGCAAUGUACUGCUUUGGAAGAUAUAUUACUGCAUGUUUAGGUGGGGAAGAUAAAACAAUAGCUUUUUUGAAGAGGGAGGGUGGCUCAGGUUCUGGGCAACCUCUACUACAUCAUGCCUCUGAGAAGGGAAUCAUACACCAUCAUUUUCCUGUAAAUUUUAUAUUGAAACCAUGGAGAUUGGGGACGCGGUUCUACCUGAUUAUCAAAUUUGGGAUCUUCCAAUAUAUGAUCAUAAAGACCCUCACAGCUACCUUAUCACUUCUUCUAGAACCUUUUGGUGUGUAUUGUGAUGGAGAAUUCAAUUUACGAUGUGGGUACCCUUACUUUGCUGCAGUUCUCAACUUUAGUCAAUAUUGGGCCCUGUACUGUCUAGUGGCAUGGUACACAGCUACGAAGGACGAAUUGGCACCUAUAAAGCCUCUUGCUAAGUUUCUUUCUUUCAAAUCUAUAGUAUUCUUGACUUGGUGGCAAGGUGUGGUGAUUGCAAUAUUGUAUGCUUUGGGCCUUCUUAGAAGUCCUUUAGCCCAGAGCUUGGAGUUAAAAUCAAGCAUUCAAAACUUCAUUAUUUGCAUAGAGAUGGGCAUUGCUUCAGCUGUUCACCUCUAUGUGUUCCCAGCCGAGCCCUAUGCACUCUUAUCUAAUCGGUCACCUGGAAACAUUUCUGUACUUGAGGAUUGUGCAUCCUCUGAUCCUGUGGACCCUUUUGAAAUUACAGAAAGCAACCGGCCUACCAAAAUGAAGUUUCCACAGUUGGAACCAGAUGAGAGAAGCGUGACAAACAUAAAAGAAAGUGUUCGGGACUUUGUUUUUGGCAGUGGAGAAUAUGUGAUCAAGGAUUUCAAGUUCACUGUUGACCAAGCAGUAAAGCCAGUGGAGAAGCGCUUUGAUAAAUUGAUGAAAAAGGACAAGCGUAAGAAAACCCAGGAUGACAACUUGGUGAGUGCAGCAACACCAAAGAGACCAAUUCGUGGGAUUGAUGAUCCACUUUUAAGCGGGAGUGCAAGUGACAGCGGCGUCACGAAGGGGAAAAAACAUCACAAAGUUGUGGGCUCAGCUGGUGCUAUGGACAGCUGGGGAGGUGGUGAUCAGUCAUCUGAUGGUUAUGAGAUCAGGGGUCACCGCUGGGCUGUAAAGAACUAACGAUUCUACUUUGCAGGAUUGGUAAAUCCAAACCAUAUCACGUGGGGGAAAAAAAACAUUGAUAUGUUUCUGUUACAGUCUUGUGUAGAUAGCUGAUAGAUAGCCGCUGUGCAUAGGUUGCUAACUUUUCUUUUUACAUUUUGUCACAUUGAUAUUUGGUAUUGCAAAAAUUGAGAAGGAACUUUUUAUUUUUUUAGAGAUGGAA